AUGAAGUUCUUCCUUGUCACCUUGGCCUUCCUGGCCGGAAAGCUUGCUGCUGCCCCGGUCCCCGCAGUGGAUGGUGUGUCUAUUCACGAGGCUCGCUCAGCAGAUGCCGGCAUGAUUGCAGCACGGGGCGACGACGCUGAUGACGCCUACCACACCAUCACUCCUCACAAGCGUGGUGAUGAUGCGGACGACGCUUACCACACAAUCACUCCUCACAAGCGUGGCGAUGAUGCGGACGACGCUUACCACACAAUCACUCCCCACAAGCGUGGUGAUGAUGCGGAUGACGCUUACCACACAAUCACUCCUCACAAGCGUGGCGAUGAUGCGGACGACGCUUACCACACAAUCACUCCCCACAAGCGUGGUGAUGAUGCGGAUGACGCCUACCACACCAUCACUCCCCACAAGCGUGGUGAUGAUGCGGAUGACGCCUACCACACCAUCACUCCCCACAAGCGUGGUGAUGAUGCGGACGACGCUUACCACACAAUAACUCCCCACAAGCGCGGCGAUGAUGCUGAUGACGCCUACCACACCAUCACCCCUCACGACCACUGA